CAUUGGCUCAUACUGGGGCGUUGCUCUAUCAGGGCCCAUUUCUGUGCGGCGAAAAGCUCUCGGUAGUUUGUAUUGGAGUGGAAAAUGGAGUGAAAAUUAAUCCCACUCCAUCCUAUUGGCGCUUCCCAACGUAAAACGAAUGGGGCUCCUUCUCUACCGCCUUCACCAUGGAGAUGGCGACGAAUGAACAGACGUCACUAUGCAUCUGUGAAAAAUAAUUGUCCCCUGGCGAGUGAUCCUUACCGGAAGUGUAGGUUGCGCGUCACUCUAGGACAUCUAUAUGUCCAUCUGUCUGUGGGAGCGGAAGUGGCCUUCUGUAGCUGAGAAUCGGCCCCUCCAUUGACGGGAAGUGAAAGGCCCCGGGGCCAGCAGGACAGGAGGGACCUUUUGACGAGGCGCCAUGGCAGAGCCGGAGACCCUUGAGGUGAUGGUGAAAACCUUGGAUUCUCAGACCAGGACCUUCACGGUGGAGGCUGAGAUCACAGUCAAAGAGUUCAAGGAGCACAUUGCCGGCUCGGUCAACAUCCCCUCUGAAAAGCAGCGCCUCAUCUAUCAAGGGAGAGUCCUGCAAGAUGACAAGAAGUUGAAAGAAUACAAUGUCGGCGGCAAAGUCAUCCACCUGGUGGAACGGGCCCCUCCCCAGACUCAGUCGCCUUCCUUGGGGGGUCCCUCCGGAGCAGGCCCCUCGCCCAUUCCUCACAACGGCACAGGCUCCCGGGGGACGGGCCCCACUGUGCACGACCGCAACGCCAACAGCUACGUCAUGGUGGGAACCUUCAACUUACCAAGCGAAGGAUCGUCUGUGGACGUUCAUAUAAAUAUGGACCAGGCUCCCGUGCAGAGCGAACCUCGGGUCCGCCUGGUCAUGGCCCAGCACAUGCUACGCGACAUUCAGGGCAUCCUGAACCGGCUGGAGGGCCACGGUAACAGCCAAGCCACUUCAGGGUCCGAGGAAGCGCCAUCGGCCAGCCCCACGGAACGGGAGUUGAUGGAGGGAGCCGAGUCCGAGCCUCCCAGCGAGCCCACACCGGCGGAGGAGACGCCCCCGUCAGGGGCUGAGCUUCCCCCGGCAGCUGAGGCGGCUGCCCCCAACCACCCAUCGCCAGCAGAGUACGUGGAGGUGCUCAGGGAGCUCCGUGGGGUGGAGAGCCGGCUGCAGCCCUUCCUGCAGAGAUACGAGGAGAUCUUGGGAACCGCUGGCACCGCUGACUACAACAAUAAUACAGAGGGCCGCGAGGAGGACCAGCAAAUCAUCAACCUCGUGGGGGAGUCGCUGCGCCUGCUGGGGAACACGUUUGUGGCCCUCUCGGACCUGCGCUGCAACCUCUCCUGCGACACCCCCCGCCACCUCCACGUGGUGCGGCCCAUGUCCCACUACACGGCCCCCAUGGUGCUGCAGCAGGCGGCCAUUCCAAUCCAGAUCAAUGUGGGAACCACGGUCACCAUGACCGGCAAUGGUGCUCGCCCUGCCUCAGCCAGCAUGGAAGCCUCUUCCCAGGCCGCCCAGGCCGCCCAAGCUGCUCCUGCCGCCCAGCCUAGCGCUCCUGCCCCUGCAGAAGCUGGCCGUCCCUCGGAGGGUCCGGCUUCCUCCUCUUCCCCGGGAAGCACCCCGACUCAGACGCAGGCCUCCCAGACCAGCCACCCUCGCGUGAUCCGCAUCUCGCAUCAGACCGUCGAACCCGUGGUCAUGAUGCACAUGAACAUACAAGAUUCUGGCUCCCAGCUGGGAGGAAGCAGCGCGGGGGGAGCCCCACCCAUGGGGCCUGCUGGACCUGGCCAAGGAAUGGGUGGCGCUCCUCACAUGCCCCUCCCCAGCCUCCCACCAGAAUUCAUGCAGGCGGUGGCCCACCAGAUAACGCAGCAAGCCAUGGCAGCGGCAGCUUCCGCAGCCACAGGCCAGCAAGUCCCAGGCUUCCAGUCCGCCCCGACGCGCGUGGUGAUCGCCAGGCCCUCCACUCCUUCCGUGCGGCCCACUCACCCUGGAUCCCCCCAGGCGCCAGGACAAGGAACCGGGGGCCCCGGCAUGGGCGGAAAUGCCUCCUUGGCCCAGAUGAUCAGUGGGUUGGUUGGGCAACUCCUCAUGCAGCCAGUGAUAGUGGCCAGGCCACCUUCAGCACCGGCACCUCCGCCCCCUCCCACGGCCUCCGCCAGCGCGGGCACCACUAACACCGCCACCACUGCCGCGGGGGGCAGUUCGGCCAGCGCCCCCGGGGGACCCAUCCCCUCCGGCCAGCCUCCGACCGCUGCAGCCGAACUCCAGUUCUCUCAGAUGCUGACGAACAUCCUUGAGGCACCGCGCUUGAACGUGGCGGGGGUGGCUGGCGUGGGGUCCCCCACCAUCACCGUGGCCAUGCCGGGUGUCCCUGCCUUCUUGCAAGGCAUGACGGACUUCCUGCAGGCGACGCAGAUAGGGAUGGCUCCCCCACAUCCUCCCGAGCAGGCCCCACCUCCUCCUGCGGCCUCCCCGCCGCCUCCCCCCUCUGCUCCCCAGAGUGGGCCAGAGGCACCCCCAGCUGGGGCAGGAGGAGGCAGCGGAGGUCGUGGCGGUGCCUCAGCUGCCGUGCUGCCCCCCGAGUUCUUCACCAGCGUGGUCCAGGGGGUGCUGUCGUCCAUGAUGGGCUCCCUCAGUGCCCAGCAGGGCAGUACAGAGAGCAUCGCGGACUUCAUCCAACGGCUGAGCGGCACCAGCAACAUCUUUGAACCGGGCACCGAGGGGGCUCUCGGCUUCUUCGGGGACCUGCUCUCCUUGAUCUGCCAGAACUUCUCCAUGGUCGACAUGGUGAUGCUGCUGCACGGGCAGUUCCAGCCCCUGCAGCGGAUCCAGCCCCAGCUCAGCCGCUUCUUCCGGGAGGAGUACCUGCACGGCCAGGAGCCCACUGAGCGCAACGUCCGGAUGGCCACCUACAACUUAAUCAAUGGCUUAGAGGAGUACAUCCGCGAGAGCUUUGCCUCUGUCCAAGUCCAGGAUGGCGUCGACAUCACCCGCACCAACCUGGAGUUCCUACAGGAGCAAUUCAACCGCAUUGCCACCCACAUCCUGCACUGCACAGACAACUCCUUUGGCUUCAGGCUGCUGGAGCUGUGUAACCAGGGCCUGUUUGAGUGCCUCGCCCUGAACCUCUACUGCUUGCGGGGGGAGCAGGCGGCCCUCACGGCUGUUAUCAACGACCGCAUUAGGCGGAUGUCGGCGGACAUGAACCCAUCCCUGGUGAGCUGGCUCACCACCAUGAUGAGCAUGCGGUUGCAGGUCAUCCUGGAGCACAUGCCCGUCACGGAGGAACAGAUCCUGCAAUACGUCCGCAGGGUGGGCGAUCCCCCCCAGCCUGUUCCCGAAGAGCCCAUGGACUUGCAGGCUGCUGAGCAGCUUUCUGACGCCCUGCAGCACGAGGGUGCGGCCUCCCCGGCCCCGGCCACCACGGCGGAGGAGGCCAUGCCCCAGCAGCAGCGAGGGGAGCCAGAGGAUGAAGAGCCGCAGCAAGGAGAACCCCCUGCUCCCGAUGCGGAGCCCUGGGCCGCCGCCGUGCCCCCGGAGUGGGUGCCCAUCAUCCGCGAAGACAUCCAGGGCCAGCGCAGACUCAAGCAGCAGCCGCCCCUCAGUGACGCCUACUUGAGCGGCAUGCCAGCUAAGCGGCGCAAGACCAUGCAGGGCGAUGGGCCCCAACUGCUUCUGUCUGAGGCCGUCAACAAAGCCGCCAAAGGGGCCGGCGUGAAGCCCCUGACCAGCUCAGAGAGCCUCCACAGGGAGCUUGCGGACCCAGCUCUGCAAGAGGGCUACCGUCAGCAGCUGAAAUCUGACCUGCAGAAGCGGCUGCAAGCUGACCCCAGCUUUACUCCCCAGAGGUUCCCCAACGCCCAGCAGGCCUUUGUGGCCGAGGACUUGUAGUGGCCGCCGCCGCCGUAGCCCUCCAGGGCCAGAGGUGGACUCUGUAGCUCGCCUCUUGUUUCCUCUGUGCACGAUUCAAAACAGCCACUCCCUUCUCAGGCCAAAUAUUUAAGUCCCCUUCCCACAUGUCCCUUGUCUGGUUGCUGUGACCUCUCUCGGCCAGUGGGAGUGCCCCAGUUGCUGCUGAAAUAACAAAAUAAAGCCACUUCUCCAGGG